AUGUUGAGCGGCAUAGACAGACAUCCAGAUGAUGAUUAUUGGAGGCGACGUGAUGAGGACUUGAUUGCCCGUGUCACUGAGAGCGUGACACGGGAGCAGAUCCGGACCGUGAUCCCUGAGGUGCGGCGGGCGAUUGUAGACGACGACUCCGAGCAUGGACUGGUUGCCAAAAUUACACGGAAGGUCGUGGCCGCUGUGAAGGAUAUAUUCGGUGUGCGAUCUUCUUCGAGGAAGCAUAGAUCAUCAUCCAGCCAUGCCAGUCGUCAUAGACACGGGAGUGAGGAGUUGGACCAGCCGAGACCCAGUCACAGACGGUCUACAUCUCACAUUCCUAGUCCUGGGCAUCGGGGUCAUGAGGAUCCGCCUCAUGUGAGCCAUAGGCACUCAGUUGGAGACCUGGAUCGGCAGCAUCGGGGUCACAGUCGAUCACAGCAUGGAGAUGAUCCACCCCAUGCGAGUCAGCGGCGAUCUGCCUCACGUCACAGUGAGAGGGAGGCAUCUAUGAGGCGAUCAGCCUCACAUCGUGGUGAGAGGCAGACAUCUUUGAGGCGAUCUGCCUCACGUCACAGUGAGAGGUCAGCUCGUCAGCGGAGUCCAGUGACGCCUAUGCAUGGAGAGGGAGAUGACGAUGUCCAGUUCAGCUGGACUACUGACGAGGAAGAGGCCCAGGAUGUAGGGCGGCCACGACGCCCGAUUAAGCCGUCUGCUCUUCUACAGAGUCCGUAUGUGACCGAUGGCCCACUUGACACUCCUACGGCAAAGAAGGUUGCUUUCCGCAGAUUUAGAGAGAUGGGCGACGAUGCAUGUGUUGCUGUAGUGGAGACUGGAUAUAUGAUGACCCAGGGCUUUUUUGGGCGUAUUUUGGAUCGUCGGGCUGAGUUCGAUGCUGAGAUUAUAGACCUCUGGAUUUUGAAGCAAAAUCGAAGGAUCAGAGUCAACCAGGAAUAUAUAGUGCAUCGGGCUCGGACUCAACUCCAGCCGGGUAUUAGUCGAGUUAGAACUCCAGUGGCUGCAACCGUUUUAUAUGAUACCCUAUACAGAGAGUAUGGUAAGCUGCAUCCAGAGGAUCCCCAGGGGAAUCAUCCACCACCGCGAGAUGCAUACACACAUUGGAAUGUGCCCUACAAUCUCAUCACAAUGUUCCAGGGCACUGAUGCAGAUCAUACGUGGCAUUGGUUGGAGGCUAAUGAGAUUCUUACUAUUUGCAAUGUCAACGCGAGUCAUUGGUGCACUGUGGUCAUUUCUAUCGAACGAUGGGAGGUUCGAGUGUAUGAUUCUCUGUCACAUGUUGAAGGGAUCACACAACGUCGACAAGCUUCAAUGAGGUGCAUAACUCGUUUGAUGCCUAGAUUGUUGCACACUGUGGGGUAUUGGGAUAACAAUCCCAACAGGUUUGUCCAUGCUGCUGAUGCAGAGAUGGCGUAUGUGAUUAUGCCCCACAACCAGCAAUUUAUGCAACAGGACAGCAUUAGUUGUGGUGUGUAUACAUGUGCUUACUUAGAUCGUCUGGUAUGUGGAAAAUCGAAACGGGAACGGAUGAGAACCAAUAGGGAUGUAGAAAAAUAUCGCUACAUGGUAGCUGUUAGGAUAUGGGAAUUGUGUACCCCAAUUCCCGCUGCUUUGAUUUGA